CAUUUGGUCUCUUCUCCAGGUGAACUGGAGACCAAACAUUUCCAUCUCAUAUAACCAUUGAAAGGUCAAGUCAAGUAUUUCCAUCUUGUUGAACCAUGAAGUUGCUUGUCAUUUUGCUACUUCUGGGUCUCACGAGUGCAGGUCCUGUAUGGCCUAAUCUUUCAACAGAUCGUACAUACUGGUACACUUAUCAGACUACGUCUGUUAGUGGAGUGCCAAGGACAUCAGACAACAGCACUGGCAUACAGAUGACCAUGAAAGUAGCCAUCACUUUCAUCAACAGCACACGAGCUGUUCUCCAAAUCACACAAUGUACAGCUGCAGCCUUUGUAGGAAAGUACCCAGAAGAAGUGUAUCUGCACUCUUUUCAAGAGGAAGGACUCACAGUCCACUCAUUUGAAAAUGAUGAACUGGCAGACUGUGACGAUAUGCAAGCCAGGUGUCUGCUGUUUGACUCAUACAAUGGUCGCAUCACCGAGAUCUACCCAUCGCCUGAAGACUCAGUCCGCAUUCUAAACUUGAAACGUGGCAUCCUCACUGCAUUUCAAGGAGUCCCUGAGCGAGAAGAUGGAAGAUUCACAGAAGAGCAGACUGACUGCCUGGGACGCUGCAUUUUUAAAGUACGCAAAGAUAGCACGAAAGAUGAGGUCUACUUGAUGAAGACACGUGAUACUGAGACGUGUCCCAACAGAUCUAUCGAGUUUUCUACCAUUCUACCACCCAGCAAACAUCAAGAGGCCAAGUUUGUAUUUGGUGAGACAACUACUCACAUGAAGUAUGUAAGGGAAGGCCAUUACCUGAUACUGCAAAGAAGUGAGGUGGUAGAGAAGCAAUCUAUUGCUCCUAUCAGCAAAGAAGCUGGAUCUAUAGUCGUCACAAUCAGUCAGGUCUUAGCAAGGACAACUAGACAAGACACUCUGCCUUCUUGCACCACCACUCCCUUACCCGGUCCUCCCAAGACUCUAGAAUGCUACUUCCCACUGCCUACUUGCGAGAGAGACAGAGAACAAUGCAAACCUAAACCUAUCAUAGAUUCAAUGGCAGUUAUGGAAGACCCAGCUCAAAUUGCUGAGUACUUUGCCAAGCUUGUAGAAGAGAUGAGGAGAUGUAGCUACCCAUCACUGAUGAACCUGAAGAAUGAGUAUGCGCAGUGCAAGAGCCCAAACGAAGGAAUCCUCAGAAAGAAACAUACUUACUUCCUAGAUGCUCUUGCCUGGUUGGGAACUGAACCAGCUCUUGAGUUAAUCAGUGAACUGGCGAAAAACAACGAUAUGUGCCUCAAUGCAUCUCGUCGUCGUGAACUUAUUGUCAGCCUGUCACUAAUACCUCUACAUCGCUUAUGCUCUCGUUGCAAGUGGCUCAACAUUACCUGGGAAAUCGCCAAAUACAACAAUUACAAUAUGACAUCUACUCUUGUGCUUGGUGCUGUCAUUCGUCUUGUACUCAAAGAUCCACAGAACAACUGCAGCACAGAAUUGAAUAUGGCACUAGACUGGCUCAUGGAAAAGUACGCCCGCACGACUGACAUUAAAGAAAAGAUCCAUGUGUUGAAAGCUCUGGGAAAUGCUGGCUCAUUAAGAGGUCUUCCUGUCAUUGAAGAUGCUCUGUGGACAACACCAAGACAAAAUAAUGAGCUCAUUUUUGAACAACGACUGGCUGCCAUCUAUGCACUAGAACGCAUGUCGGUCAAAGCUCCUCACAAGAUCCACUCCCUUGUUCUACCAAUCUACUACAACACUACCGAGAAAGUUGAAGCACGUAUUGCAGCAUUCCUGGUCUUCAUUCGUAGUUCCGCCAUUGAUAUUCCUCCAAGUGAGUUCAUCAAAUUUGUCAAGUCACUACAAAACGAGGCCGACCAAUAUGUACGGAGCUACGUCUACACCUAUUUGGUAGAAGCUGAAAGAAGCACCAACCCACAAAUGAUGAGAAUCAAAGAGUCAGUAAGUUAUGUCCUGAAGGUUACCAAUGCUCACUACUGGUGCAGAGACUGUGAUCGCGGUUACUUUUCUUCAAAAGCCAAGUAUAACUAUGGCUCCUUAGCUGAUUUCAACUGGCCAAGGCCUCUACCCCGAGAUGUUAUGGGAGUUGGAUUGGCAUCAGGAUUUGUGUUCACCAAUGUCAGUAAUCUGCCUCGCAGUGGAAUAAUGUCAGUGACAGCAAACGCUUUUGGUUAUGACUUUCAAUUACUUGAAGUAGGAGUGCGUGCACUCGGCACAUCUAAACUAAUAGAACGACUGUUUGGUCCCACCGGCUACAUCCGUCUUGGAACACGAAUUUUGAAACCAAGUGGAAUGGCAGGAGCAGAGAGAAUGUGCUAUUUAGAAGAAGAGCCUAUGUGGUUCUCUGGUUAUAUCAAGGCUUUUGGUAAUGAGCUAGCAUGGAACAGAGCUGAUGAGGAAGGCGUCAACAAAGCUCUUUACACAAGUGACAAAUUCAACAAUCUUCGUACUAUAAUCACAGAAGUUGUUAUGUCACGCUUUAAGUUCGACCACGUAACCGACAUUUUCAGUGGAGUUAAAGACUACCUGAAAUACUUCAUCACAGGGAAGUUUCCAGUAUAUCACAACAGUAUGUCUGUAACCAAGUCCUCCACCAUUGUGGACAUAAAGAGAAGCAUCCCAAGUAUUAUGGGACUACCUCUCAACGUGACUGCUAUUGCUACAGUUAUGGCACACUUGGAUGCUGAAGGAGACAUAAGUGUAGUUAAGUCCACCAACAUUGAAGUUAGUGGAGAGAUCACACCCAAAGUAGCAACAUAUGCCAACAUCACUGUAGUUUUGGAUGCUGGUAGAAGUCGUGUACAACCUCGUGUUGUACACAUUGGAAAAGUCAAGAGCAGCUUCAAGCAGAGAGCCAGACUAACAGUAACUAACGAAUACGAAACUGACCUGUACAUUGAUCAGAUGCCAAGAGAUCCAGAGUCUACUGUGUUUGAAGCAAAGUACUAUCAAUACGUUGAAGUUGCUGGUAAGAAGAUGGAGAUGGGAAUCUGGAAACGCAAUGAGACUGAACUAUAUGAAAGAGUAGGUGGCAACUACACCAAUAUAGAAUUCAUCACACCUGUUAGCUAUCCGAACAGCACCGAUGUACCAGAAGCUCCUUUCUUUCCACUCUCUGGGCCAGCUGGCAUCAAACUUAUUCUAAGGCCACUCACACCAAGCCCAAGUGAGCAUCACUUCAAGAUCUGGAAUGACUCAAAAGUCAGCACUGAACGAGGAACAAUAUACUCUUAUUUUGCCACGGAUCACGAAAGAACUGUCAAAGGCAUAUUUGACUGGUACACUGUUGGUGAAAGGCCAACUCAGCUGCGAGUAAUUAACCUGACAGCUACUAGUAUUCCUGCCGUUGCAUCAGGUAUCUUCCUUGCCAAUACAUCUAGAAUGAUGGACAUCGAAGGCUGGAUUAGUCUCAAUACAACAAUCUCUAACACAUGGGGUCAUGUUAAGUUCAAUAAGUCCAUGUUUCAUGGCAAUCUUACACGUAUGCGCAUCGCUCCUGACAAUGACACGGUUAUUAUCAAGAUACCUGAGUUCAUGGCUGAAGUCAAUGGUUCCCUUACCAAUGGUACACACGGCAAUAUGUCGGCCAUUCUUUACCUAGAAGGCUGCAGUGACAUGCCACAAUGGCUUCGUGUAAACUUCACAUCAAUUAAACUGAUGGUUAAUAUCACCGCCGAGUCUAGCUACUUCAACAGAACCAACGUUGGAUAUAUAUUGCCAUAUCCAUUGAAGUCACCUGUCUGUACAUAUUUUAAUGGACGUGUGAUCACAUUUGAUGGCUUGUCUUACCCCAUCAUGCAGCCACAGUGUGAUUAUAUCUUAUCACGCCAUCGAAAUGCAUCAGACAACUUUGCAGUUGUGGCAAGAAGAGGUGGCAGGCAGGUGGAUGUCUACAUUAAUGGAACUAAGUACACUCUUGGCCGUUGGGGUCUGAGAGUAAAUGAUAUUGAAAAGUCAAUGCCACACAAGCUCAAGCAUGAGAUUCACAUUAGGGAGGUCAAUGUUGGUGUUCACAAGUACAUUCGCUUGUCGUCCUAUGUUGGAAUAGACAUCUUUUUCAAUGGCAGAGGCAUUCACUUGUCUAUCAAUGGCUUUUACAUGAACCAAACAGCUGGUCUCUGUGCUAAUUCCAACUACAACAGUUCUAAAGCAGAUGAGUUGGAAUCCUCCCGACCAAACUGUCAUGUAGUUGACACGAUUCCCGAAUUUGUUAGCGGAUGGGCAUUAAACACUUCCUGUUUGCCUGGGUCUCCCACAUCUCCUCCAUCAUAUCCACCAUUUGACCAAACAAUGCUGAUGAGUGCUAUGAAUGUUUGUACUCCUCUGUUCCAUGAAGCUGCUGCAGAGGCUCAUCCAUUCGUCUCUGUCCAUAACUACAUGGAGGCAUGCAUCCAGGAUGUGAGCAGUGGUAAAGGCCCAGUUGAAAGUCUAUUUGCAUACAUCAUGGCAGCGGCAGCAAGUAAAGUCGCUGUUGAAGGUUGCCAUUAUGAAAAGUGGAGUGCCUGGUCUGGGUGUGAAGAUAGAAGUAAACAAUGGGAGGAAAGACACCGAUCUGUUUUAGAGAAUCCACUGAAUGUGACAUGCAGCCAAACCAUAGAAAGACGACAAUGUCAAAAAGUAUGUCCAGGCUACAAAGACUACAUCAGAAAGGACACCGAUAAAAAGAAAUGCAUAAGCAAAUAUACAUACCACCAUUGCCCACCAACUUGUACACCAGUGCUUCAACAAGAACAACCAGUGGCAUUCCACUGUGCACUUCAUGAUGAAUCUGAUGACAUUAUGGCCAAUGUCUCACCAGUCUAUCUUAUGCAUAGAAAGAUUGUGUUGUGCUUGGAAAACUGAGUAAAGAGCGUUGAUUAGACUGUGACCAUUGUUUGAAGUAGCUGUACCAUUCUAGUGGUACUGACUGCAAUUGUUUCUUGUCGUUGUUAUAGCAUUGCUGGUUGGUAAUCGCUACGGUACUGACUGCAAUUGUUUCUUGUCAUUGUUAUCACAGCUGGUAGCAAAUCGCAGAAUAAAAGUGUUGCAUUCAA